AAAAUAUUUCGGUAAUCAUCCAGAUGACAAAUCACUCUUGAUAAAAUUGAGGUUUACCAAUGGACUUUGGUUUCUUCAUCCUAAUUGAAGUCAGAUGACAGCAGAUAACAUUGUAGCCAUUCUUAACUUCGAAAAUUUGAUUUGACAUUUUACCGUAUACCAGAUAAUAUCAUAGGAAUAGUUUUAAAAUUUGAUAACAUUUGCCUCUUUUUGUACACAAGCUUAUGAUAUAAGGAAGUGGAUCCAUAUUUUAGACGAAAAUGUCUAUCUCAUUCCAACUCUACAAGUCGACUUCAUAAAAUGCCACGAGCUUCUGCUCUCCUAGUGAGCGAUCCUAGGCAGCAGUUCAGCUGUUGUCUAUGUCUGCAUGUUAGAACGGGAACCAUAAUAUAUGGAAUAGCACAAAUUGUUAUUCAACUUAUCUUUAUAUCGUUUCUGCUGUUAAUGGCCUUCAACCCAAGGCUUAUACCUGAAGAUACUCAUGGGAAACUGGAGAAGUCACAACCCAAUGUUCGUUUCUACAUUUUCUCAGCAUUGUUCCGUCUGGUUCCUGCUGUUUCUGAUAUCCAUGAAUCACUAACAUUACCAUCUCCUGGGGCUCAAAAUCCGGAUGAAAAGAAGGUUGCUAUCAGUCAAAAUCUGGACCCUGAUUCUAAUUUUAUGGAGGAUAUUCCAGGUUAUAAAGACAGUGUCUUUGUCGAUGCCAACAGCUUACCCCCAAGACUUUCAUUUGAAACUCACAAACAAGAUCGUGCGGCUCAUGAAAUAAAGAUACGGCAUUUUAGUCCGUAUAUUGCUAUUUGCGUAACAGCUUUCUCAUUGGCAUUUUGUUGUUUUAUGGUUCAUGGAGCAGUCACGCGACAGCCAACUCACUUGCUACCAUUUUUCUUCAUUCAAGUCUUUGAUCUUAUAAUCUGUUUGAUUCAUAUACUUGGAUUUAUGUCAUCGGCGUCAGAUCUACGUCUAAUGAUUCACACAAAAACUGGACCUGUUUACAUUAAGUCUACAAGUUUAACCUUCGUUAUACUGGCUAUCUCAUGCGUGAUGUUAGCCUUCAAGGCCUAUUGUCUUGGCAUGGUAUGGGAUUGUUACAAAUAUUUGAUGUUGAAUCGAAGAAGUAAUGUACUAGAUGACUGGUAUUCUGAUCAGUGGGGUAAUUUAUCAACUUUCUGGAGUUUACUUCGUGCUGGACGUACUCGAAAUAACAAUCCAGCGGGUGGUAAUUCACCUCCAGCUAAUGAGUCUAACACAGGUGGACACAAUGAACCUGUUACGUACGAUCCAUCGAAUGAUUUACCAAAAUAUGAGGAUAUACUGAAGAUUCCUGCAAAUGCAUAUGCUCCUCCACCUUAUUAUUCUUCUAAUAUGAAUAUGAACAAUAGUACAGCAACUACCACAGAUCCAAAUGGUGUUACAGCAAGAACGACUGCUGCCAAUACUGCCAUUACUACUACGACGACUACUACUACUACUAAUGUGAAUAAUGGUAAUAAUAAUGUUGUUAAUACAACUGCUACUGAUCCAUCAGCAACAACAGUAAUAAUAACAACAACAGCUGACAAGAAUGCCACUCAAACCCAGAAUGCAUCAAAAGAUACUAAUCCUUCUUGUUAGUCUGUUAUCUGAUUGCUUCUCUUAAUGUGUGUGUGUGUGUGUGACAGAUAUAUUCUUACGAACUUUGUGAAUGAAUUUAUUAUAAGACAGUGUAGCUGUUUUCAUGAAAUCAUGAUGAAUAAUUGUUGAUAUAUAUAUAUAUAUAUAUAUAUAUAUAUAAGACUUAUUUUUGCUUUCGUCUUGUUUUAAGACGUUAUUUUUCUCUUCUCUGGUUAUUACUAUUAUUAUUGUUAUUUUCUUGUCCCAUUAACUUUUUAUUAUUUUUUUCCAAAGUUUAUCUCUUGGCUUUUUUCUUUUCAAAAAGAGCAUUACUGACAUCUAAUUAAAAUGAUUUUCCUUUUUUUUGAUGCUGUUUAUUCACACUUGAUGUGAUAUAUACAUAAAUAAAAUUUCGAUUAUU